AUGAGCGACAUAUAUGGUGUAGGAAGUCAUUUUUAUAUUGCUAAAAAACUUCGUUCUGGACAAUUACAUGUUAUAAAUGAAUUAAUUCGAUCAAGUAAUGAUAAAACGUUAGAUAAAAGUGAUCUAUCAAAUUAUCGUAAUAUUAUUGUUUAUACAAAUCCAUCAUCAUUACCAGACACAGUUUUACAAGGUGAAGAGUUUGAACCAAUAAUGCUUAAUAUUGUUUAUGGUUUUCCUGAUGCACAUAAUCAUACAUCACGUUUACAAACUAUACGACAUAUAUCAAAAAAUACAACAUUAUUAGAAUUAAAAGAAAUUCUCUAUCAUGAUUAUUAUGGACAUGAUGAUCCUCAAAAAUUACGACAGAUUCGUAUGGGUAAAUUAAAUUUAGAAGAAAAAAAUAAUCGUAAAUCACGUCGAGAAUAUAAAACUGAUGAAGAAAAACAAACAUUAGCACAAUUACGUUUACAAGAUGGAGAUACAUUAGGAAUUGAUGAUAGAAAUUCUCUUGUACCUAAUUGGAAAGACGUGUCAUCGAGCAGUACAAAUUUUGGUAAAAAUCAAUUAUCAUUAACAGUUAAAAAUAGUAUUGAUACAAAUAAUAUAAAACCAAUGACUUACAGUUGUUUAAAUACAACACUUAUCGAAGAAGUUAAACGCAUGGCUAUUCAAGCAUUUGGUUUAUCACUAGAUUCAUGUAUGUGUCGUUUAUAUAUUGAUGAUCCAGAUGCUGCACAUAUUCCUCUUUAUGAUCAUCAAACAGUUGAUUCAAUUGAAUUCAAACAAAAUAACACAAAUUUAUGUUUAAAAUUUGGUCAAUCGUUAAAAGAGAAUGACAUUCUUCUUUAUAUUCUAUCUGAUCGUGAACCGUGUUCAUUAGAACUUGUUGUUGAUCAAAAUAUAACAUUAUCUCAUUUAUGGUUAGUUAUUAAACAAGAAUUAAAUAUCGAUGAAAAUGAUAAUGAAUAUCAUUUAUGUGAAGUUAAACCGUCAUUGAUUAAUGAUGGGCCACCUUUAAAUGAUUUUGAUCAAACAUUGGCUGCUAAUGAUCUUACCAAUGGAGCUCAAUUAACAAUGAGACCAGGAAGUGUUGCAAAGAAAAAUUAUGUUAGAUUGAAAAUUUCAAGAAUUGUUGAUAAAACUUAUGAAUCAAGUGAAGCUAGUAUGAAUGAAUUUCUAUUCUAUAGUUUGAUAUAA